AUGUGCGAGAAACAAAUCAUGACGCCCUGCAACUCGAUCCUCUACUGCAGCGAGGCGUGCCGUCGCAAAGACGCUGCAAAACCCUUGUCGGCGUCUACUUUGUCUCUUGACUCCACCUCAUCUCCGCCCUCUCUUCCCUCCUCACCUCGUCCGAACCUCUCCCAGCGCUCCAGUGCCCGUCCCGAGUAUCAGUACCAGGACCUCUCGUCUGCCCGGAUACCCGUCGACAUCCACGACCACAAGUCAGAUCUUGACCCCACCGAAUGGAAGCCAAAAUUACCACACCGCGGUGCCUCGACCAACUCCGAGGCCUUUCGCUAUCUGAGUCGCUUCCAUCAUGCCCAGGCCGGUGGCUAUGUGGAUAACCUGGAUCAUGUUGUCAAACGCGGCGACCGUCCAGCCACGUUACGCCACAAGAGUACUCUGAGCAUGUCGACCCUCACACCGGGCACCACAACUCCCAGCCUGGCCAACACGCCCACCACGACUGCCUCUAGCGUCGACAGUAUGUACGAGUUCAACCUGCGCCCGCUGGCUCCGCGCUCCAACCCGCUGUACAGCACCAGUGCCGGGCACUCGCGUGGCAUUGACCUGGUUACGCCGCACAUUCCGCCGCCCGCCGUGGCUGUGGAUGUUGUGGUGGCGGGCUCUGCUGGGACUCCCGGGACUCCGGCUGGGACGGUUCUCUGGGAUAAAAAGGUCGUCGUGCCUGGCGCGACUCCAAAGGGUGAGGGAUUGGGUGUUUUGUUCGGUAGGGACGGCUAG